AUGAUUAAAGGUAAAGACAUAUACGAAGUUUUGGCAGCUGUUGUGCCCCUAUAUGUGGCUAUGAUAUUAGCCUAUGGCUCAGUUCGGUGGUGGAAGAUUUUCACACCGGAUCAGUGCUCUGGCAUAAACCGCUUUGUGUCCAUGUUUGCAAUUCCUUUUCUUUCUUUCCAUUUCAUAUCCGCCAAUAACCCUUAUGCUAUGAACAUGAAGUUCAUAGCCGCGGAUUCUCUUCAAAAAGUUGUUAUUUUAGGGGCUCUUUUUCUAUGGAACACCUUCACAACGAAGUAUGGUAGCCUUGACUGGACGAUCACCUUCUUCUCACUUUCUACUUUGCCAAACACACUCAUUAUGGGGGUCCCUCUUUUAUCAGCUAUGUAUGGAGAUUUUACAUCCACCCUCAUGAUCCAAAUUGUGGUUUUGCAAAGUGUCAUAUGGUACACCCUUCUGCUAUUCUUGUACGAAUACAGAGGUGCUAAGCACCUUAUUUCAGAGAAAUUCCAUGAGAAUGCAGGGUCCAUCACUUCCCUAAGGGUUGAUUCAGAUGUUGGCUCUCUGAGUACUAGAGAGCCUUUGCAAGCUGAUUCAGAGAUAGGAGAAGAUGGAAAAUUUCACGUGGUUGUAAGGAGAUCAGCUUCUUCUUCUUUCGAUAAGUCUCUUAAUGGGGUUGACACAUAUUCGGUCCAAUCAUACAGAGAACCAACGCAAAGAACUUCAAGUUUUAAUCAAACAGGUUUAUACACAAAAUAUGCAUCACCAGCUUCUUAUGUUAAUCUGAGACAUGCAGGGAAUUCCGAGGCUGUUGAUGUUCCUAACGAAACUGCUGCCUCAAAAGGUGUGCAUGAAUUGAUUGACACGAGUUCUGGUCCUGAAGCAAGUGGAAAAAGGGAGCUUGAGAUUGAGGAAGGAAUCAAUUAUUGUCCUUUAGGCGGGUGCAGGAAGGAGGUGAACAUUGAAGAAGAGGAUGCAAACAAAAAACAACAAAUGCCACCUGCUAGUGUCAUGACAAGGCUCAUUCUCGUCAUGGUUUGGAGGAAGCUCAUAAGAAAUCCCAAUACCUACGCAAGUCUUUUGGGCCUCGCAUGGUCCCUCAUAUCAUUUGGGUGGAACAUCAAAAUGCCGUCUAUUAUAAAUGGUUGCAUUUCAAUAAUGUCUAAUGCCGGGCUUGGAAUGGCCAUGUUCAGUCUCGGUCUAUUCAUGGCAUUACAACCCAAGAUCAUUGCUUGUGGAAAAGCUUUAGCAGCAAUUUCUCUGGCAAUUAGGUUCUUGGUUGGUCCAGCAGUGGUUGCUGCAACCUCUACAGCCAUCGGUAUCCGUGGAGUUCUUUUACAAGUUACAAUUAUUCAGGCUGCUCUUCCCCAAGCUAUUGUUUCCUUUGUAUUCGCCAAAGAAUACAAUCUCCAUGCAGAUAUUCUAGGCACUGCGGUUAUCUUUGGAAUGAUGGCUGCAUUGCCCGUAACAAUACUAUACUUCGUGCUUCUUGGACUCUAACUUGUCUCUGGAGGCAUAAGAAAAAGAAAACAAAAAUAUGCUACAAGUUAGUAUGUGGAGCCGCAAGUCAC